AUGUGGACACCCAAACAUCUCAGACCUCCUAAACUCAGGUUGUUCCCCACCACAACAUAUACGAUUAAAGUAUGGGAUAAAUUUAUGCACGCACAAGACUGCAAAACUGUCUUCCAUGCCCAGGCCCCACUAACAGCCCUAAAGGCCAUAUCCCCCAACCUUCCACUAACGAAGUGGAGCAAUGCAGGAAUUACCCAUAUUCACCAAAUUGUAGACAACAGUAAGGUAGUACAAUUCAUGGACCUACAAACUAAAUGGCAAUUGCCAUCCAAAGAACUAUUCACCUACCUAAGAAUCAAGGGAAUCAUAAUGACACAUGUACAGUUACACCACACCAAACCUCAAGACACACUA